AUGUCUAGAAUUGGCAAAGCCUGCAACCUUUGUAGGUCAAAGAAAAGACGAUGCACUGGUGGUGAUCCAUGUAGAAGGUGUUUUCUUGCCAAGGCAGAAUGUCUGUAUGGUCAAUCAACGAAAAAAAUCAAAGCCGAAGAGGAUAUCCAGAUAAACAUUGCGUCAGGUUCAACGGAAGAACUAUUUAAAGAGAUUGAAACUGUGAUCCCAUUAAACGAACCGCAGGAUAACUCAUUGUCCAUACCUUCAAAUGUGAAAACAGUAUCUCCAGAAAUUGUGGCCAUUGUACAGAAACUCGAUCGGAGCUUGUUGAUAUCUAAUGUUACUAAAUUCUUAAAAUGUGGAUAUAUAUCUUAUGAUGUUGAAGCUAUGGAACUGAAGUUUGGUACAGAUAAGGAGAUCAAAAGUGAAGAUAUAACAGCGUUGGUGUUGAUUGUUUUGGCUUUGGGUUUCUUGUACAAGAGUGAUUUGAAUGCAGAAGAUUUCGAGGUGGCCAUGAAGCUUUACCAUGGAUGUUCUAGUUUGAUUUCCCUAUUCCACGAGAAUAUCUCCUUGGAAAAUGUCGAAGUGAUGGCUCUAAAUAGCUGGUUCUUGAGAGCUAUCAACGAACAAAAAUCCUCGAUGGUGAUUUCCUCAAUGUCCAUACAAAUAGCUUCCAUGAUGGGUUUACACAAACUAGCAGCUGAUGACGAUGAUGAUAUGCUUGAAAGGAAGAAGAAAGUAUGGUGGACGGCUUAUUCUAUCAAUCGAUUUUUUUCAGUACGGUCAGGUGUACCGGUCUAUCUAUGUAUGAAACAUAUCACCAGUCCCUACCCCAAACAUGAGGAAUUACUGCCACACCAUCGGAUAUAUAAUGACAAAACUUACGAUUUGGCUAUGAUAGCUGAAGAUAUCAACAAAUUUUACCUCAAUAGGGAAUCGUGCUCAACCAGUAUAGUGGAUAAGAUUAUGAACAUGAUCCAGAGAUUAAUCAAAUGGAAAGAUACUAUCCCUUUGUAUUCGCCUGAUGCAUUGUCACGGAGCUUAUCUUCACUCAAUUUGAACCACUCCCAUCUCAUUCAACUCACAACUAUCCCUGUGCUAUUGCAUCUCACCAUCCAAAGACUUUCAGGAUAUCGAGUGGAUAUAUCAUCUUUAACAUCCCGAAUGGUGUCGAUUAUUUCCAUAUGUCAAAAAUCUGCAUUGUUGAGUAUCAAUAUCUUUACUCAUAUGUCUAAAGAUUCCAUAGCCAACUUCGGAGUUUUCGAUAUAGAAUAUUUGUCUACUUCAAGUCUCAUUAUUUGUAUGGUGACAGUAUUGAAUAUGAACUCAGACACUUCAGACACCCUUGGAGAUGCCAUCAGUUUAUUGGAACAUAUCAAAACUUUUGGAUCUCCUCAUGCAAAUGAGAAUCAUAGCAAGCUAGUGGAAUUCCUAAAUGAAACUCGAACCUUUGUCAAUAAGAACAAAUCAGUUUCAUCGUUCAGUCCUUCCAGUAUCCAAACGUACAGUAUUCCCCAAGAAAAAUAUAAAGAUGAUUUGGGAGAUGAUUCUCAAUUAUGGGAACAAAUUUACCACGAUGUCUCGUUGGAUAUGAAUAGUAACUGGGAGGAGUUCAUCAAUUUUUUGUAA